AUGUUCGAGGUACUACUGCCGUUGAUAGUUGGAUUGAUAUGGGGAAGUACUAAUAUCUGUAUGAAAUAUAACUCUAACAAAAUGCUCAAACUUUUGGCGUUUUUUUUCUUGAAUCAAUCCGCCUCUAUCUUGUUGAUGUUUGGAUUCAGAUAUACACGAUUGUCAAGAGGUGUAGCGAUAGCAAACUCAACAGCUUUACUAGCGUCAGCACUUACAAGCUCAUGUGUUUACCAUGAAAAAAUGGAAUUUAGCGGGUCUGUUGGAGUUUUGCUCAUAUGUGUUGGAACUGGUCUACUCAACAGCUGA